AUGAUUGAUUGUAAUCCUUGUGACACUCCAGUUGCAAAGGGUACAAGGUUAUCAGUUCAUGAUGGAGUAAAACUAGAUAAUCCAACUGACUACAGGGCACUUGUUGGAGCUUUACAGUAUUGGACUGUUACUAGACCUGACAUUUCUUUUGGGGUUAAUUAUGUUUCACAAUUCAUGCACUCCCCUACUGAUUUACAUUUGCAACUUGUAAAAAGUAUUUUGGGAUAUUUAAAGGGAACCAUUGGUAUGGGUAUAACUUUGUUAAAAGGCAGUGUGUGUAGUUUGAGAGCUUAUUUUGAUUCAGAUUGGGCUGGUUUCCCAGAUACUAGAAGGUCUACAUCUGGCUUUGUUGUUUUUCUUGGCCCUAAUAUGGUUUCCUGGUCUUCAAAGAAACAUCCAACUGUUUCAAAAUCUUCUGCAUAA